AUGUGUGUUAUAAUCCGGCAUUUUUGUAGAUCUCCGACGUGUGGUUUGGUCAUGAAGGCACCGGUUGUUCUUGUGGUUGUCAUUGUUCUCUGUCAUAGCAUCAAGGCAGGUGGGUUUACACCACGGGAAACACGAACAAGAAGAGUAUUAUUUUUGCCAAAGCUAUAUCGUUUUGUAAUUACUAAGCUUUGUCCAAGUUGUUUAUUCCCUCCAUGGAUAAAUCUUCCAGAAUGUAACCUCAUAUUCAUGAUUGAUAGAAAGUUAUAUUAAUUAAAACACCAUGAAUAUUUCCUUGCAGUUUAGGUCCUGAAAUAAGAUUUGUGUGGCUGAAAGCCUUAUCUCUAACCAUCUUACAUUCAUUUAGAGAAUUUUCAGAGUCACUUAGCAACGAGUUGAUAAGCAUUCAUUCAAUGGCAAAGUGAGGACGUUGAUAAUUUCUUGUUGGUAAUAUAUUUAGAUAGUUUUUGUUAAAUGAACCAUUCAUCGGAGAAAUUUAUAGUACAAUUGAAGAAGACGUACAAGUACUCCCCUGAUCUUAUACGGCAGAGAAAAUAUGUAAGAGGUAAUUGAGCCCAUUUGGAGCUGCUUGAGAGACUACUAUGAUCCACAGAACAAAACUAUUGGGUGGUCAAAGAGUUACAUACAAAGUACCUUCCAAUUCUUUAAAAGUAAUGCGUGCAUUUGUUCCGCCUCGAAAACAUAACCAUGCAGAUGCAACAUAAAAUCAGAUCUAGGUAAAUACAACAAAACCAACCUUCCCCUCUGCUAUGACGCCGCACUCGUGAGCGGAGAUCGGAGUAAGGAGCUGUUGCUUAGAUCCAUCUGCUGGAGUCCUGAAUUCAGGAAUGUCGUCGAGAAGUUCUUUUACUUGAAACAUUUGUCUCCCUAUAUCUUUUUUAUCAUUUGUAAGCGCUUUAUAGUCGAGUUUAGUUUAUACGGGCAAACAUUUCCUGAAAAAAUUUGAGUUGUUAGUUACCUGGUGGGAGAAGAGAUGGUUUAGAGAUCACCACAAUGGACUUAAGGUCGAGCGGUGUUGGUUUGACCAUUGGCUGGGUCAUUGUUCUGUGCUCUAAGGAAAUGUGCUUUACCCUGAUAGUGCCUCCAUUCAUCCAGGAGUAUUAAUUGGUACCGCAAACAUCAGCAGUAAUGAUUGUUUGGUUCGCAACAUGUGAACUAGUAUCUUCCAGUGACUUUUAGUUGUUCAAAGCAAGCCCUUUAUCUUUAUUGCAAGAUGACAGUUUUAGUGGGGAAUUUCCGGGAAGCGGCGAAAAAGACUCACCUGAGACAAAAACUAACGAUGACAAGUGUGAGCCAAACCCGUGCCAAAACGGAGGCACCUGUGUUGUUAACUACGAUCUUAUUGAUGGAUACAAAUGUGAAUGUGAAGAAGAUUUUGGUGGGAUAACAUGCAACGGUUAGUUUACAAACACAUGGCAGCAUAAAUUCACACAUUCGUUUCACUGUUUAUAUUAUGCUAGUCAUACCAUUUUUCCUAACUUGUUUGUAUGUUUUUGUGACAAAGUUGAUAUUAUUACAAUUAACGUCAAGGGGUUGUUAAAAAUUGUUUAGACCGACAAACUACGGCGGCAUUACAAAAUCCUGCAACAUUACAAAAUACGUAGGUCGCCUUUAUUACAAAAUGCUGCAGUACCUAUUACAUAAUGCGCAAGUUAUUACAAAAUGCCGCAACCAUUAUUACAAGACACGUAGGUUAUGACAAAUGCCGCAGAACACAUACCACUGAGCUAAAUAGAAUUUAAUCGUGAGCCAGGUAAAUAUCCCUUAACUCCCACGACAGACCAAGACAGAAUUUCUCCGCAUUACAUCAAAACAAUAUCAAGCAGGCAAUUAAUGAGAAUCAAGAAAAAUAUCAAUUAAGAGAUCAUUAGUUGAACCGAUACCUAUUUCUCUGAGCUUAUGUCGUGCAAAUCGUAUGGCAGACAGUAAGGAUAAUUAGUAAUGUGAGAUCUUGGGAGUGAAAGGGUUAUACUGCGUUCACACGAGACAAACGUCCUAUACAAACUGAAUAAAGGGGGUAAGUUUCCAAAGAAACUGUGGUGGUGCUUCAGUGGGAGAGUAUAACGAGGUAAUUUGGUAUUAUCAACUGAGUUGAUAACGUAAAUUGGCCACCGUUAAGAAUUUCAAGCGAGUGAGUGAGUGCCCUUCGCUCUGACAAGGACUAACGCCUAAAGGUGGCCAAUUUACAUUAUCAACUGAAUUUAGGUUGACAGGUGGAUGAGAGAUUUAGAGGUACAAGCCCUUAAAAUCAAUAAUUAUAAAAUGAAUCAAAAUGACGUUGCUUUCAAAUUAACUGCUAUUUUUCUUUCCAUAAUCGACAGAGCUACAAUGCCGAAUAUCUCUGCCACAAUUUUCGUCACCUCAUUGUGUCGUGAAACGAGAACUCAGCCGACAAAUCAAGAAAACUUUGAUUAGAUUGACCUCGGAUAAAGACAGUGACUAUUCCAAGUAAGUCAUCAAGAGAAUGGGUGCAACACUCCUAUUCUGACUUUAAUCCCUAACCGUGGCCCAAAGCGCUGGAGGUUAAAGAAAUUUCCUCAUUAACCUAGUUCCAAAUGAGUUGUUGUGAAUUAAUUUGAGACGCCAACUCUCUUGCACGCUUUGCUAAGGGAGCAAAAUUUAAGUUUAUUUUUUCCUCAUUCAUCUACGAAUAAAUUUUAUUUGAACCAACCUUAUCAUUUGGCUGAAAAUGGAAGAAUGAUUCUUCAUUAUUCCAAGCAGUGUUAGAAUUAUUUUGUAAUUAGAUGUUAAAUUCCUUAAGCAGAUCAGAGCACCUGUUGGUACCUACUCUUUCCAAGAAAGGAGCAGCGAGCUUUGUACAAAGCGCGUCUACAGAUCCUUUCACAAUUGAAUGGUACAUGAAGAUGACCGAUAACGCAGAUGUCAAUAGAGAUCUGGAGUCGCACUUUACGUUAAAAGAUCCUCGAUUUCACCAAACGCCGACGCUUAUUGAUUUUGCCAUCGUAUUUCUGACGUUCUACAAAGAACACAGGGUAAGACAUUGUAAUACUUAGGCGGGUUGCUGAUCCAGAUUUAUGCCAUGCUUGCCUUCCUUAGAGGGCUCAAAUAUUGCCCACUUUGAUCGCAAAAUAAGACAGACAAGUAUUACGACAAAUGCAGCGAGAAACAAAAGAGAAAACAAGAAGAACUCCAGUGACAUAAUUCGACAAUCAAUUAAUCUUAAUAUGGCUCAACUCUUGUAGUGCUAUCUUCUUAUAGAAGGCAAGAUAACACAGGAAUAAUCUUUAAUUCAUUUCACUUUCUAGUUUAAUCAUUAUGGCUUUCGUUUCAUGUCCUGUGUAGAAACGAAGUGCUAUGAGCUCUUUGAAACUUGUGCCGGCUAUUGAAGAAAAUUUCUUUAAAGAUCGCUGCUUUGCAGAUCAGCGGGUUGCAGGCGCUAAUCCAUUUCAGCUUUGGCGAGUAACAAAUGAAAAAGGUAAAUUACUUCACUGGUUUAUGAUAUUUCUUCGGCUAAACAUGCUUGCGAUGGCUGAGACAUCGUGCUGCAGUUAUGCUGGCCUGAGAAAUAAACAAACAAACAAACGUUGCUAAAUUUAUCAACUUCCUUCGACCGGAAGUCCCUUCGAUUUACCUUCUUUUAAUUUACAAUUGUGAAAUUUCCAAAUUAGCUAUUACAUGCAAGGCUUUCCGCAUUGAUAAACCAAAUCUAAAUUAGUGUUUCACCAUUAUUGGAGGUACCUUCCAUAAGCUUUAGCCCUUCCAUCCUGGAUCCGCACAGGAACAUGCCUCGGAGAGUGAAAACUCACAAUGAUAUGAAAAUAACAUGGGCUUUUAAAUAAUAUUAGGCUUUUCAUGCUCAUGCGACUUUACUAAACGUUGAUGAAAAUUCUUUCCAAUUGUUUUCUCAUCAUCAGGGGGUAACGGCGUCGAAUGGAAGUCUCUUUUUGAAGAGAAACUGAAUAAAGAUUUUGACUGGGAGUCGAUGUUAAAAGCAGCUCUUGACAACCAAGAUUCUCUAGAGCAGGUAAGAAAUGUGGAGGUACAAAACAACCGUACUUGAUCAAAUGAACUGACCAAUUGAACCAUUGACUGACUGACUGAAGGACUGUUUGACCGACUGUCUGACUGAUACCAUAGCCGAAUGAAGGCUGACUAACUGAUUUGCAAACAAACUAUGAAACUCACUGCAUCACUGGCCAACUGACUAAGUUCAGUUUGUUAGCAAGGCUCUUUUUGGUUUCCAGUACAUGCGAUACCCAGCUGAGUUUCUGGUAAACUUUCAAGUCGAGCAAGUUACCGAAUAGUGCCAUUGAUGGGUGUUCUUUUAUCUCCAAUAGGCUAUAGACAAUGGUGAUGUUUACGUUAACAUUUACCCAGAACUAGACGGAGUUAAAAUGCCCGAGGCACUUUUACGUGACGUUAAAUUCAACCAUACUGUUUUACAAAUGACUUCACCGAUUGCUUUCUUCGUCGUCACAAAAGACGAGCUUGGAAUAAAGCGCCUAAAUCCCGUGGCUAUUCAAAUGGACUCGAAGCCAGAGGCGAAAGUUUACACUCCAAUUUACGGAAAGGACUGGUUCCUAGCUAAGUCAUUUGUACAAAGAGCAGAUUACAAUUCCUUGCAUCUCAUAAGGAAGCGACUCAAGGUUCAUUUGUAUCUCGAUGCGCCGUGUACUUUGGUUGAGAAAUACUUCUCAGAGUACCAUCCUAUCUAUCAGGUUGUGCGACAGCACUGUCGAGCUGCUCUGGAGACCAAUAAGCUGUUUGAAAUCAAACUGUUUGGUAAGAGUGUUACCCAAUUAAAAUCAAACAUGAACCUUUUGGAAAUGAUGUAAAAACCAUAUUCAAUCUUCAUUGUGUUAUCGGCAUUAUUAUUUUUUUCUUCAUCAUUCAAAUAUUAAUCAACUUCAUAUUUUCCCCUAAACAAAAACCCAAAAUAUUGUAGCUUCAAAAACAUCGUUUUAAUGUUGUCGUCUUUCGUUCAUAGUUCAAUUCAUAUCCAUUUAUUCGCUAAUUCAUUCUUUCAUUCACUAAUUGGCUCAUUGAUUGAUUGACUGAUUUAUAAAUUCUGUGAUGCAUCGAUUUCAUGAUCUAUAUAUUGAAGGAUUGAUGAUUGAUUCACUAACGACCGUUGAUAAUUAGGAUUACCGUGCCAACAUGGGGCUGUCACAUAUGGGGGAUAUGGAUAUAAUCCAUUUUACACUAUCAGCCUUUCGCACGCUUGAUAGUUUUAUUUCUGACGGUAUCUAUGCAUUUUUCCCACAACAGGAAGAAGUGGUCCAAUAUACAAGGUUCUAAGUGUUGACUAUUCUAGUGCUCUUGAAAUUGUAAACAAAGAAUACGAACGAAUGACUUUUGAUGACUUAGAUUUACUAGAAGACCUAAAGGUUAGUUUGGUGCAUGCCACCAAAAUAUGCAUUCAUUUUCUUGAGCAUAUUGUCACGUUUUGCAAGGUCAUGACAAAGUAUAUUUCGACUAGAAAACGAAAAUUUAUUACUUGGAUUGUAGAGAUCUGCUGCAAGCUUAAAUCUAACUACCCUUAAAACAAAUGUUCACCAUAAAAUCUGAAAGUAUGAUGAAGUCUAAGGCUGAGUAAUUUUAUUAACAGAGCUCAGUUUUGUUUCAAAAACAUGUCUUUCUUCCGGCCGGUAGAGCCGUCUAUAAACAACCUUUACAUAGAUAAAAGGGGGUAAGCUUCUAAAGAAACUGUGGUGCUGCGUCGGUGGAAGGGGGAGGGGGUAUAAAAAGAUAGUUUGGUCAUAUCAGCUGAGUUGAAAAUGUAAAUUUACCACUGUCUUGAAUUUCUAAGCUGAUGUUUCGGGCGCUACAAGAUAAUCUGGUUUUAUCAACUGAGUUGAUAAUGUAAAUUGGCCAUCGUAAGGAGUUUCAAAGCUGACGUUUUGAGCGUUAGCCCUUCGUCAGAGCGUUUCGCAACGAAACAACCAAAAAAUUUAGCCGACAGGCGUAUAACCUGUCAUGUUUUUACCGUUAGUCAUGAAAAAGGUUAACCGUUAAACCUUUUUCCUACAAGUUUUCCUAAAUCUAAAAUUGACUGCCUUUUUUUCUUCUAACAGAAACGAGGAGUAGAUGACGUAGAGAAGCUUCCAUAUUAUCCGUACAGAGAUGACGGAAAGAUUUUGUAUCAAAAACUUAGUGAAUUUGUUGACGCCUACAUUGAUGCGUAAGUGAAUAUGCAGUCCUUUCCUUACUUUUAAGUAAAUUAGGUGGAAUACGCUCCACAAGUAGACAUUUCCUGUAUUGCGUAUGAUAUUCAAGCAGGCACCACCACCUCUCGAAGAUGGAAACCAACCUAAAAUUAUUUUAAAUGCUCACACGAGACGUAACAGUGUCUGAUUUAACAACUUUUAAUUUAGAAAGGAGAAAGUCGCGUCAAUUCUCUCGAAACAGGACUUUCCCCCCUGAACCAAUGAGAAAGUCAUAUACCCUACUUUCCAAUGUCGAGGUACCGUAAAUUUGCCUGGUGAAAAAAUCAUGUAUGAAGGAGAAAGAGUAAUUUCCUGAUCGCUCUAUUUUGUCUCGUCACACUGUUUCUCGUGUGGAUCUUGUAGGCAGUACGAAGAUGACGACCAGGUGUUAGCAGAUAACGAGCUUCAAGAGUUUGCAAAUGAGUUGUCAGCUGAUGGUACACAUGGUGAUUUUGCAGGACUUGGCAAGGUAACAAAUAUGCUGUGGCACUUUAUGCAGAAACGCGAUCUUUAUUUUUGAGCAAGCCUAGAAAAGAGGGAUUUCUUCUUACAAACUACUAUUAUGGUUUUCCGAUCAGUUCUCAAUUAUCAUCAAUUUGGUUCUGUAGAACAUUUUCUUUUACCAUCACUUUUUUCUUUGAAGGUAAAGAAAUUCCCAGCCAGCAUCAAAACCAAAGCUGCCCUAAGAAAAGUGUUAACCACCCUUUUUUGGGCGUUCACUGGCGGCCACGCGGCAAGUACCUACCCUAUACUGGAGUACGGUGGCUUUGUACCAAAUGCACCGCACAGACUGUUUGCAGAUAGUAACGGCAAUACCGAAUUCAGCAAUUUGAUGUUUGGAAACAAAGCUGUAGCACUGGUAAUAAUCGACUUUGGGUAAAAAAUUGUAACAUUAUUACGGGCUCCAAUUCGGUGAGCAAAGUUUAGAGGUUUCGAUUUCAGAGCAAUUUGUUGGCUAAUUAUGCGCCAAAGCUGAUAAGCCUCACUCUUUUACUAACGUCAUUAAUUUACCAGCUGGUUAUCGAUUUUUUCAUUACCUCCAAUAAGCAUUUCGAAACCUUUGUGCGCAAUAUGGACAGGUGGCAGUGAUUUUUUGCAGCUCCCCAUGACUCACUGCACGGCAAUCUGUGGUAAUGGUGAUCAUCAAGAAGUACUUAUCGAUGAAGAGACCUCUCAAUUUCAAAAAGUGAUGAAUUUACGACAUUGCGGCUAAAAGUCGCAAUUUCGUCUAUCCCAUGUCAUCGGACAGAGUGUGAUGACAUCAUUACUCGUUCAUAACCGCACAGGAGACAAAUUAAAAGGUUAAAUUAGAGAAUAAUGGCCCAAAAUUGGCCCGCUCGACCUCGUAAAACUCGCUUUCCUGAGUUUCAUUUCGACAGAUAUAACCUCUUACGCAUGGUGGGUAUAAUUUGAUUUCUGUCAUAAAAGUAGCCCGCCUUUUGACAGCUUAUAAGUUUUUUUCUCAUCUUACCUAUCAUAACCUUUUCUACCGUGACAGGAAAUAGCCGAACUAAGUUCUAACCUGGCAGGAAUUCACCUCGAUCAGUUACUCGAUUAUUCAACAAAGAUUGAAGGUAACAAAGGCAGAGAAGUAGUUGCAAAGUUUCACGACGAACUCAAGAAUGUAAACCAAGAGAUAACCAAAGCCAACGAUAAGCGAGUAAAGGAAGGUUUUCUGCCAUAUCCAUACCUCCUGCCAGAAUACGUGUCUAACAGUGCAAGCACGUAAUUGGUCCAGAUGGUGUACAUUUCUGACGAUGGGGAACAAUUUUCAAUCUAGAACAGAAGUUUUAAGUAAAUGAAACAUGGCGGCAAAAUUGACCUUUUUUUUGUGCACUUAAAUUGGUUGUAAAAUUAACCAGGGAAAAGCCAUUAUCACAAGCUGUCCUUUCAUUUAUAAUUCAAGGCAAAAUAAGCAGUAGCACAAUUUAGGACGUAGUAUUUAUAAAAAUUGCAUGCCACAUUAAGAAAACUAUAUAAAGAACCUUUUCACGCAAAUUAAAAAGGCGUAGGAUGAUAGCUUUGUUGUAAUUAAGUAUUACAUACAACAAUAAAAUGUAGUCCACAUUUUCAUACUUAAAAUUGCGUAAGGAUGAUCAUUUGCUUCCAGUUAUCAGAGCACAACAUCAAAUUUUUGAAAUAAUAAACAAUUCUUUUCGCUAAGUUUGUUUUACAAUGAAUUGUUUGGAUAAUCGACGUGGGACUUGUCCAAGAAAGAUGAAUCAACUUAUAAAUACCACCAUGGAGACCGAGGAAAGGAAAAGGGAGAAAGUGGCCAGGGCCGCGGGGAACUGAGCUGAGUCCCCUUUUGGAUUUUAAAGUCACUUAUACGAUCGAAAUCAGAGUGUUUAUUUCUUCGUUUUCAGCUCGUACUUUUUUAGAGCCGGCGAUGAGCUUUAUAAAAAAAAAGGACAGUUAUUCGUCAUGUUGUCGCUGAGGAAACAGCGCCACCCAAGACGAUCGAUAUCUUUAUUUUUUGUAAUCUAUUGCUUCUCUAAAGUAUUAAACGGAUCGAACAAAAUGUUCAGUCUGCAAACCAUGCAUCGUUUAUUUUCGCAUUUUCAGUCAAUCGGAAGGAAGCACACCGUAAGCGAAAAGGCUUCGUGCUUACCUCUAUUUGUCUGGAAACCGCAAAUAAUGUUCCCUAUUUUAUAAGCCAUCAACAGGGUCUCAAUGGGGUUAACCAUUAACAGUAAAAUGGCCAAAAAAGAUAGCCGUUAGGAAUAAAAAUUGACAAAUUUGGACCGAUAGUCGUAAAAAAAAAGUUAACCAUAAAAAAAUUUAUGGUGACAACAAUGGAAUGAUAGCAACCGUUAGCCGUAAAUUGGCCAAACUUUUAACCGUUAGCCAUAAAAGCCAUCACCCAUUAACUCUACCAAAUGUUGAAUGAAAAGGACAGAAGGCUGGUGCAGCUAAAAGGAGGACACGUCGCUGUCACCGAGCGUCUCCUUCUCCAGGAGAGACCUGGUGAGGGUAAAAUGUGAUAGGCUAACUCAAAACUCAGUGGAAGUUGUAAUACUGUACUACUCGAAUGAGCGCCACCCGCCGCGAAUAAGCGCCGCAUUCGGGGCAGAAAAGUUAGAAGGCGCCGCCUUCGAAUAAGUGCCGUAGCCUCGGUGCGGCGCUUAUUCGAAGAAGUCGUGCGCAAGAUUCAAUGAUUCAUUCACAUUUAGAUAUUCUGAGGGGACGAGAUUGAAAUAUGCACCGAUUCAGACGUACAAGAGGCGUACCCUCGUACUCUCAGAUCAAGAAAAGUUCAGAAGUUGAGUUAAGACACCACAGGUAAUGCAGUUAAAAAGUGCCAGAAGGGAUGAAUGGUGAUAAUCAAAAGACGCCUCUGUUAUUUAUUAUAAAAUAAUUCAAAUAGUACGCGCGCUCUGAUUGGCCAUAAAACCAUUUUACAUGAGUGUAUGUAAACACGAUUUUCGUUUCUCUUUCAUUAGUUAUAUUAUGAAAGAAAUGCAAAAUGGUUUCCGUGUUUACGUAGCCUGAUGUAAACACCUGGGAGGUUGAGAGAACACUCGAUAAGCUGGAAACCACUCCGCUUCGCGUCGUGGUUUCCCACGCUUAUCUCGUAUUCUCCCAACCUCCCGCGUGUUUACAUGUUAUGUAAACACGGAAACCAUUUUACAUUUCUUCAUUGUAAAUUUUUACGUAAAGAUAGAAAAUAUCCUUUAAAUCAAGGGGACAUAUUUCUUCGUCACGUUCAAUUUUUGAAUGAGCACCUUCCUCGAACACGCGCCUCACUUGAGGCGCAAAAAUUAUAGAAGAGCCGCUGCGCUUACUCGAGUAAACAUGGUACUCUAGUCGCUUUAUACCACGCAAACUAGAAUGAAUUCUUGUAUCCAACCUUAUGGCUACAAUCCUGACAUCGCAAAUUGAAGCUUAUUUUACGAAUGCUCAUUCAUUACCUCUUUUAUAUUAUUCAUAAAACCCAGGAACCUUUGCAUAAUCCUCCGCAUAUGUUGAAACAGCGUUUGAAGGACAAUAAACUCAAUAGCCUCUAUUUUGCGCGAGAAUGUAUACGGAUAUUUUUCCUCGGACAUUAUCUGUUCCUCCAAGCUCACAGUUUUCCUCGAGCUUUGCUCUCGAAAAACUGUUCGCACCUUCAAGUUGAACAGAUAAAGUCUGCGAACAAAUAUCCGUACGUUUUUUAGCGCCAAAUAGAAGCUAUUGCUUAUUUAGAUCCAAAUUCUCAAUUUCACUGAUUAAACUAUAUUUUAUUGAAAAAUAGAUUAUAUUUUUCUUUCCUUUUUGUAGUUCACUCGAAGGAGAUGCUAACUUUUUUUGUUUCGUUGUUGCAGGUAUUGAUUGAAAUCGAACUGUUAUAUAUGCAUCAUUUCAGUGGUCCACGAGGGCUCGCUGCGAUAUUAUAUUUCAACUCAAGAGGAAAAAGCUGAGCUCGAAGUCACGUCCUAUGAUCAGAAAUACACGCUCACAAUUGUGACCCCUUGAGUUUAUAUAACAGACAAAACGUUUCUAGCAAAAAAACACUUUAAACUAUGAAGGAUUAUAUAAUAAUGAUCAUAAUCUAAAAUACAGAACAGAAUAAGAUUCCUACAUUUUUACUUCAAGUUUUGUUUCAAGUCCUCCUUAGUUAGUUUACUAUUGGUAGACUGUUUGUUUUACUAUGUUUGUUUUUUGUUUGCUUUGCCAUUUAAUUGAUGUUUACCCAAACGGUUUGAGCCAGAAGUAUCAGCGAAGUAUUUCCAGGACAGAUAACCUUCCCAUGGAACCCCAAAGUUUUUUAAAAUCGCAAUGAUCGCAAAGGAUUGGAGGAUGAUAAAAUGAAGAGAUAUCAAGUUAAGAUUUGGUGCUUGUGGACAUAAGUAAAGCUGUUGCCUUACAUAAUAAAUUACGUAAACUAAUUAGUAAACUGUCUCUCGCUUUUAGAGUCUGAAAAAGUAAGUCAAUAACAAAUUAGGGCCUCUUAUCUUCAAGUGCAUUCUCGUCCAAAGCUUUUGUUUUCAAUUUAACCAUGUGGACUCACAAAAAAAACUGAUCCCUGUUAGAUAUCAAGACUUUUCAUCGUCUUUUGCUAUUCAGCACUGGUUGAUACCAAACUCAAUGUUGUAAUAUUAACAUCUCGCGUCCUUUUGAAGAAUAAACGAAAAUUAUAAACAUCGCACUCGUUCACUUCAUUUUGAACGCUCUCGCGCAUUCCUUCUCAAAUUAUUUUGUAACUGUUAACUCGUGUAUAGAGUUAGUGCUUGAUUUUCUUCCUCAGCAAGUACAAAAUAUCAGUGAAAUAUUGUUUCGCGUUAUAGAAAGUGGGUGAUUUCUUUAUCUCGAGGUUGUAUCAUAAACUUGCAUUCUGCUAAAAUCUUUCUUUUGCAAUAACUAUUGACCAUUCAAUGCUCUCAGCUUAUGGCAUGUGUUAACAGCUUUGAGUGCUGUAACACUUCAACAUUCCUUCAACAGUUUUCACUUCAAACGCUUGAUUACUCAGACACUAAACCAUUCUUUCUGUGAUUUAUUGUCCAUUAAGAUAAUUUAAAAAGAUUCCUGUUAGUUCGGUUGUUUCUUUCUAAUCAACUUUUUGCAAUAAAGAUUUCAAACAUUGGAAUUUUUCUGACAAAAUUUGAUUCGAUAUUACAUCACUGGCACGUCUUAAAGUUUUAAAGACCAAAAACCGUACGGUAAUGCUUUGUAUAAAUGACAUAAUAAAAAUGUACCACCAGUCGCAGAGAAAACCGUGAAGUUUUGGCGGGUACCAGUUUCCCGCGUGAUAUCGCGAGAUCUCGCUGUUGGAUAAGUAGUGCAAUUAUUUGCACAUUAAAUGUCUAAGAUGUACUUUCAAAGUUGUACUAAACCAAAACCCUCCAGGUAACUCUAAUUCGUUCCACCUAGCAAUAGAAAACAAUGGCGCUAUUUGUUUGAUUAAUGAUUUCCUUGGCGUAUCAACGCGACGCACUUUUUGUUUCUAAGUUAUGUUAAAACUUCACGCUUUAUCCGUUUCGUUCAUAAACAAAUACCGUUGGUGCACGCUUUAAUUGUUUGCAAGUCAAGUGUGGCCUCAACUUCCAAAUAUGGACCAGGUAGACGAUCGGAGCUCUGAUUGGUUAGCGCCACGACGCUUUCCGACCCUUCUCUCAACCUAUGAAGUCAUUGGCGAAGUAGGUACAGGUCCAGGCUUCCAUCGUAGUCUGCUGCGGGUGGUCCGCCAAAAGCCAAUCUCUGGCUGAUUUAAAAUUCUGAGAUAGCUUUUGACUGGUAAAUGUAAGAGAGAAAUAUCUGAAUAUUUCGCUUUGGUUUUUGUCGUCUGAGGACGGCCUUAUCUCAUUUGAGAUGAAAUUUAGGGUGCUUCUUAUACUUUGCCUGGCAUGGUUAUCUCAGGCGUCGCCGAUUUCACGUAAGUACGCGUCUUAUUUUCAAUAUUUUUGGUAAGAUCAGAGAUCGAACUCAAAACAAGUUGGUCGCGAUUGUAUGGUGGCCAUAAAAUCCUUGAUUCCCCAAGCCCUCUAAUGAUCGAUUUGUUUUGAGUGAUCAAACUAACAGAUCAUCUAUCUUUUGGGUAUUUCUUAACGAACUGAUGUAUUCGGUAAAAGCUCAAAGCCUGGCUUUAUUCAAUUAGUUGUGAUUGUUGAGUUCAUUAAAUAUGUAACUUGCCGUGUUCGGAAAUAGAAAUUGAGAUAAAAUGACUUAAAAUAUUUGAAGAGCUUCGACUGGAAUGUCUGAAGUGCGUUUGAAGUGAUUUCAAAUUUACGUCUGAAAUAUAUUUACGAUUUAGGCAAGAUAAUGGGUUUCAGGGUUGCCAACAUUUACUGAAAUUGCCCUUCUUAACGUACGCCCUUUCCGCAUCGGUGACUUCCCAUCACUGUAAACUUAGGGGCCAAAAUUUAACUUUCAAAGAGUAUUUUCAACAAGCAAAGAACUAAACUAAACUAAAACUGUUGAUUACUAUUCAAAAUGAUCAUAGAGAUCUCGGGAAUUACGCAUUGACUUAGUUGAGACGGAUAGGAUAUUUACUGGAAAACCUGCAAUCUAUAGCAAAGUUUAUCCCAUGUUCACAAAAUCGUUUUGGUGUUUUUGUGUUUAGACUACUUUUCUUAAAUUUAUGUUUGACGAUCAUACACGUUAUGAAAGGAUUAUUUCAUUUCAAAGCGCGUUGGCGUAGAGUCAGUCAUGAUUUGCGACAUAUGACACGGGCAAGCGGCAGAUAGUUUCACCUUAGGUGGUAAUUCCAUGGGUCACUGUCUCUGUGAUUUCAGGUGGAUCAUGUCCUAAAAACCGUAGUGUAAUGUCUCGGCUCGUCAUACAUAAAUGGCAUAAAUAUUCUCCUCUGGCCUUUAAGCUUUUGCCGUUUUAAAGCCCUUUCGAUAACAGUUCGUUUUGGAGAGCGUCCCAUUUAUUUAUUUAUAAAUCUAGAUUUAGGAACGUCGGCUUUAUAUUAAAAGAGAAGUAAGCAUAUUUGACGAAGGGCUAACGCUCGAAACGUCAGCUUUAGAAACUCUUUACGGUGGCCAAUUUACACUAUAAACUCUGAGUUGAUAAAAUUAAAUCACAUUUCCACAAAGAAGACGUUUUAGUCUCAAACUAGACUAUAUCCAAAACGAAUCAAUUCAACCAUGAAAACUGUGAAGAACUCGGUUGUAAUUGCAUAUGCAGACUGUCUGCCUUUGACGAGAAACCUGCGAUACAUGCUUUUACAACCCGAGGGGCUUUUGACUAAUGAAUACAAGACCUGAGUCAAGUUUUGUCGUAAUACCCUUUCCCGCUUAAACGUUAACCUUUCUUCUUACUUCAGAGUUUUUCAAUUACCAACAUUAGCGAAAAGGAGGCUCAUAAUAAUGAAACGGUUAAUGUCAGGGUGGUUGUUAAAACCUUCAUACGGUACUUUUUCUUAUUAGGUGUACGUGGAGGGAAAGUCUGAUGCUAAAUUCAGAGUAAACGUGUGUCGUGCACAGCAUAAUGUGUUUCCAGGCCAAUUUGCCCAAACGCACGAAACCUCAGCUUUAGAAGCUCUUUACUGCGGCCAAUUCACAUGAACUCAGUUAACAAAGCGAAACUAUCUCGAAAUAACCCUGACCCCUACCCCCACCGACGUAGUGUCAUAUUUCUUCAGAAACUUAUCCUCUUUAUUCAAUUCGCAAAUACAUCACCUAUAGCAAAGUCUUUCCUGGAGUGUUGCGGAUGACAAAACAACAAAGAAUUACGGCUACACCAGUUUUGACUCAAUUAAAGACUUGCACUACAUUUCUUUUAACAAUCCAUUUGAGAUCUUUUGUGAAAAUGACAUUUGGAACAAUUACGUACGCUACAUGGAAAGAAGGAAAAUUAAUUGCUAAAUGUACAUCGCGCCACCUUUGCUUCCGUUUAAGUUUAAAAACGCCAUUAAAGCGAUACAGGAGCGAAUGUUAACAAAUUUUAAAUCAGAAAAAUUCUGCAGAAUACUGUAACUGAGUUGAUCUUCCUCUUCAGGCAAAACUGUUUUGCAUUUCCUUCGAAAAGAUAGCUGAAUCUCGAAGGUUUAGAAUAUUCGGUGAAAAAUGGGUUAGUUUUUGUGAAAUGAAAUUGCCAUAAUAAUAACUAUUACUACUGAUAACUUUGUUAAAAUUACUCGUGGCUCAAUUCGGUCUCUGUUAAGAUUUCACCCUGAAGGGCCUGCCUUGCAAAUGACCUUAAAAAAUUGAACACCAUCCAAAAGAGGGUGGAUCAGUUUUUGUAAUUCAUUCAGUUUUUGCGGAAUUAAUUCCAUAAUCACAUAACCUACACGAAGACAAUUAUUCUUUUUUAAGACUUAGGCAAAGGUGUUAAUAUCUGUAAAAGGAAUUAUUUUAAAACAGGGUUUUAGCGACGUAUUAUAAAACUUACAUGUACGUCAGCGAUUGGACGUUGUAGACUUCGGGUGGCGAAUAAACUGCGAAACCGUGUUAAAUAUGGUGUAACUGCUUCGCGAAUAUUAAAAUUCUGUGAAUUCAGCUACUUGUUAUAUUAUUUUUUAAUUAGACUUUCACAAUUGAACGUCAGUACAGUAAAAAGAAAAAAAAACUCACGUCAUAAAUGAGGAAACAUAUAGUGAAAUCAUCAGGUAUCAUUCUUCAUUUCUGAAUUUAACUAUUCAAUUUCCCGAAAGUAGUGCAUUUUAUUGAAGUUGUAAUCUGUUGAAAGGGGAGGUAUCAAGUAUAGAGCCAGAAUUUGACUCUGAUGUCGAGUUCUGCUCAGUUAUCAUUGUCAUCGAUAAAAGUCGAUUCCAAGACUACCGUCGUCCAAGAGAACAGAAUGCAAUAAAACUUGUUGCAGUUCAUCAUUUCGAGCUUAGAUACAUUGUACUGGUUGAGCCACUCAAUAAUUCAAACCAUGUUUUUCUACAAAGACUUUUUGUUUGCAUAUUAAGCUAUCAUGACCAAAAAAAUUUAUAUCCUCCAUAAAUAAGCACUCGUAUCUUUCGCCAACAGGGAGAGAUAAAAGAGAUGCAGAUGACCUAGAAGCCGACAAAGAAGGUAUGAAAGAUUGUUAAUCAUUUAUUAAUGGAAAGUUGCGUCAAAAUGAAGCUCAUUACUCUAAAAAUUCCGCUUUCAUCCACAGUUAGAACAAUAAUUUCUGCAAUAGUGGACGCAAUUCUGGACGGGGACAAGACGCGCCGUUCGGAAAUACCAGGUAAUAUUUCAUGACCUUACUUUCCUUGGAUAGAAAACUUUUUUAGAAAUCUUUUUUUCUUCAAGGACUGCUGCAGCUUCAAAUUUUAAUAAGUUAUGAACAGAAGCCGCUCUCUUUUUAUUAAUGCAUAGUGGAUAAAAAGACAAUCACAAGCCCCUCAGUAUAGAAGCAGAUUAAAUCAGGGCCGUAGCCAGACUUCAGAACAAGACGAGGCAAAUUUCGGGUGCCGAAGGCGCGAGCCGCUAGGGGGGUCUGGGGACAUGCCCCACCAGAAAAUUUUGAAAUUUUGAGGCUCAGAAAUGCUUUUUUAAGCAUUUCCUAUGGCAUUUUUCUUCAGAAAAGUCAAUCUUGGGACAAAAUCAAGAAGAGGCAAUAGCCUCGUCCUGCCUCAUGUUAGCUACGGCCCUGGAAAUGGUUAUGCUGUAACUUUUCCCCUUCGUUGUAUAGUUUCAAAGGUAGUAAAAAAAAUGCCAGCCAGCCAGUAUUUCAUCAGGCUUCCCUUACAAGUCGCUUAUUAACACUUCUGGGUGGAGCCCGGCCGGAGAGGCACUAAGACAUGAGUAAAUUUUUUGCCCAAAAGCAUAACACAUUGAUCCAGACAGGUCUAGCUGACACGGACCCCUCUGGACAUGGAGUCCGGUCCACUGACCGUGAGGCCUCUAUGUCUUCAACAAUUUCAAAGGUAACAAGAUUUAACUAAGGAAUGAUUCCUGUUUUAACCGAUAUUAUUUGCUCUAUUUCAAGAUAAUGAGGAAGAUGAGUCGGAAAAGUUGUCCAGCACAGUAAGCAGCCUAAUACCUGGCACAAGCAAUGUAGAAACCAAUGAUGAAAUUAGUGACAAGCAAUAUCUUACAAAGAAAAGAAGGAGUUUUAUUCCAGUAGAAAACAAAUUAGAGGAACAUUCAGUUUACCAGACUGAACCCAAAGAACAAGCAGAGGAUGCAAAGGCAGAGACCUCUGAAAGUGAACUAUCGGGCGAGAAUCAGCUAUUAACCUCAGGAGAUUCAGAAGAUUCAGAGCCCGAGAAAGAAUCCGAAGAGUCGGUAGCCUCAGAAGGAGAAAACACAGGUAUUACAUAUGCGAAUGUUAUUCUUUUCCUUGUGUGAUGAUUUAACAAAACUCUUCACUUAUUCUAUGAGUCUGCGUUAGUUGAAACUAUUUCAUAAAAUACCUCAUGAAAUAUAUACUGGUAAAAGCAUUGCAAAAAAAUACGCGCACGCAUCAUCUUUGUCGAACGUGGUAUGUGCGAUCAUAUUAUACAGCUUGCAAAACCAAUCAAUAUCCCAGGUAUUGCAUUAUACCACAGACAGUCCCAUACAGAAGCGUGACUGUUUAUAUUAAAGUACAUAGUAAAUGGCUUCAACUUUGUAUCAUUCUUAUAGAAUAUUCCAAAAGAAGUGACAUUCCGAAAAUUUUUAAACCGGGCGACGAUGAGUCGUCAGAAAGGAGAGAAACUGCUGAGUCAAGGAAGUCAAACCAAUCAACGGACGCGCCUUCAAGCGGAUCCGGAGAAAGUGCAUCAUCCGAUGAAGCUGAGGACACAAAUGAAGCCUCUACGUCCGCAAAAGACGUAGAAUCAUCUGGUGUGGCUGUAAAAAGAAACGUCAUCCCAACAGAAGUAUUUGAAGAAGGUACUACAGUCAGGUUAUUGAGAUAAACUGCAAACUUUAAUGUAUUGCAUUGCUGAAUAACCUUUGCAAGAUAUCUUCAAGACAGAAUCAAAAUAAAACAACAAGCAAAAAGAGAAAUUCUUUUUCACCAAAGUAUAUCUGUAUGGAGAUUAUAUCGCUACUUUCAUAAAUCAUAUCCCGACUUCUUGACUGCUAUAUGUUAACGUAAUUCUUAAAAUUCUUAGUAUAACACCCACUCAGGUUGACCAGACGACACAAGCGUUUCUAAAUGUAACCAUCACCAAUAUCAUUUUCUGAAAUUUAGGUAAUGUCAAAUACAAUGACGAUGAUGAUGACGAAGAGGAAAUGGAUGGGUCUGGUUCCACAUCGGAAUCUGGUGACUCCGAGGAUUCCGAAGAAUCCGGUGAUUCUAGCCAAGGAGAGUCAGAUGGAAACAAAUUAACAACACCCAUGGAAUCCACCGAAGUUUCCUCUGACCAAACUCAAGAAAAAGAACCAAAGAAGGUUGAAGAUGAGACAGCAACGUCAGAAUCGGACGACGAAAGUUCAGCUUCAGGAGAAUUUGGCGAAUCAGGGGAGUCUGGUGACUCUGAUGAGUCUGGUGAAUCAGGGGAGAGUGGGGCAUCUGGUGAAUCAGGAAACGCUGCUGAGUCAGGAGAAAGCGGAGAAUCUGGAGAAUCAGGUUACGGUGAUGAGUCAGGAGAAAGCGGAGAGUCGGGAGAAUCAGGGGACAGCGAGGAGUCUGGUGAAUCAGGAGAAAGCGGUGAUUCUGAGGAAUCUGAUGCUGAGUCAGAUGUGGUGAAGAGAAAUGAAAUUCCAAAGGAAGAUAAAGGUAAAGUUUGUAAGAAUAUAAGGUAAAAACCAAUGCCUAGUAUUCAUAAAUAUAAAUUCAUGAACUUAGGUAAAAAUCAUAAUGGUUCCGUUUGUGAUACCAUAGAACCAUUUACAUUUUUUUUCAGCUUUAUCGUAACGUGUAGGGUAUUUUGGGUAUAUGGGUUUUUCAUUUAACUUUUCGAUAGAGAAACAAAUAGUAUUUCAAAAUUGUUGUUGGGUAACACAUAGUAAAGACUAAAAAUGAGCUCCUUACACAGUUCUACCUCUCACUUCUAAUAAAUUUGUGUUUUUUACAGAAUCAAGCAAACAAGAAGAUAGUGGAGAAAGCGGUGCCUCUGGAGAAUUCAAAGAGGUGGUUGAAUCGGAUGAAAUUGAAGAUUCCGGAGAGUCUGACGAGAGUGGAGAGAGUGGGGAAUCUGGAGACUGGGGAGAAAGUGCUGCAUCUGGAGAGUCUGGAGAUAACGAGGAAUCCGGAGAGUCUGGUGAAUCGGCGAUUAGCAAACGAAAUGAGAUUCCCAAAGAGCAAGGUAACCACGCACUUAAGUUCUUUAUCCUGUGUAACUAAUAAAGAAGGUCAAAAUCUUAGGUCGUGUGUCCGGCUAUUUUAACGUUUAAAAUCAUCAAAUUCCCCUUAUGUUAUUAUUUGCCAACAAGUAAGAAAGACGGGACCAUAUAGAUCGUAAUAACAGUAACUGGCGAGUGGCAACCAUCAACAGACCACUUAGGAACGAGUAUCGGUGUGAAUUUAAUUUUUAGAUACGAAAGAAAACGACGAGUCAAGUGCGUCAGAGGAGUCUGGCGAUGCUGUCGAAUCAGGUGCAUCGGGGGAUUUUGAAGAAUCAGGCGAAUCCGGCGAUUUUGAAGAAUCCGGUGAGUCCGGCGACUUUGAAGAAUCCGGUGAGUCCGGCGAUUUUGAAGAAUCCGGCGAGUCGGGAGACUUUGAGGAAUCUGGUGAGGCAAGUGACGGAACAGUAUCCAAAAGGAGUGAAAUUCCCACGGAAACACAAAAAGGUAAUUCAGAGUUGUUUACUUCUUCGAAAUCGUCAGCGAUGGACCCUUAAUAGGGAAAAAUGCCUAAGAAAAUCUUCUAGGAUCUUAAGAAGAAACAGCACAAAAAGCAGAGUAAAAGUCAAAGGGACGCUAGGUUCUUUUCGAUCAAAACCUUACAGGUUAUGAAACUCAUAGAAUAUCAAUCAUUUCAUGAUUCUUUUAACAAAUGUAGGUGUAAAUCCUUUGCACUAUUUAUUGCGCCGCUUUCCAUGGCAUUUGAAACGUUAUAAGUAGUUUCCAUGUCUGUUGCUUUAUUAAACUUCCCUUUUACGAUAAAACAGCAAUAAAGGAGAUUUCAAAGGCGGCUGAAAAAUCUAGCAGUGGCAGUUUAUCCGAACAAUCAGCGGACAAAGAAACAAGUAAGUCUGAAGUUCUUCCUGAAACCAAAGAAAGCAGCCAACCGGCUGAAAUUGCACAGACUGAGAAAUCGGACCAAACCAAAGAGUCUGACCAAUCAGGAGAAGAAUCUGGGGAGGGCAGUGAAAGCGGAGAAAGUGGAGAGUCUGGGGAAAGCGGAGAAACUAGUGAAAGUGGAGAAAGCGGAGAGUCUGGGGAAAGUGGAGAAAGUGGUCAAAGUGGAGAAUCAGGAGAAAGCGGAGAAUCAGGGGAGUCUGGAGAGAGCGAGAUCACUAAGAGAGAUACAAUUUCAAGAGAUACCAGCGAUGCUGAAAAAGGUGCAACCAAACGGAACACUUUUUUUUCUACCCAUAAAUUCCUACAUAUCAAACUAAGCUUAGAAAGGGGAAAACCACCACCAAGGUCAAGGUUACAAAUCAUUUCACUCAAAUGCCUAUUAAAAGUGAGAGUUGUAAACAAUUAUAAAGGAUUGACAGAGUGAGGCCUUCUUUGCAAAUUUGUGUCAAAGUCAGAUAUUUGUAGGCAGUACAAACCGUACAAUGUGAGAAUAUUUAUAAAUAUCAUGAAUUCAUAAAACGAACACUUUUCGCCAGUUUACAUCCCCUCACGCUUACUCACAGACGAAGUUUUCUUAUCGUAAUUGCCGAGAGUCAAAUCUCUGCUUGGAAGUUUUUACCAUAAAACUGAGUUUGUGAUUUAUCUUUGAUAGACUUGAGUGGUUCUGGCGCUUCAGGAGAGACUUCCAGCCAUAGUGACGAGUCCGAGGAAUCCGGUGAAUCAGGAACCUCGGGCGAGUCUGGAGAAGGCGGAAUAUCAAAACGAAGUGAGAUACCAUCAGAAGAAAGGAAGGAAGGUAAAAAUGGACUGGCUCUCUCCGCUUUCUUUACAAAAUUUUUUUUAUGAAAAUGUUAAUUAUGACCAGCUUGGGUUUUACGUAUCAAUGAACUUUUUGCGAUUGCAUGACAAGAAGCGCUCAAUUUUUCUAGUUUACAAUCGUGAAAUGAAGUAGUUGUCAAAGUCAACGUGUAAAACUACUGUUACAUUGAAGCAGUUUUGAUGGAGGCUAUUCAAUUAGAUAUCCCUUCCAAUCUCAUGGUGUCUGAUAAUUUUAUUCUGAUAUGUUAUAAUUUUGACAUGCUUAAGAUGAAGAUUCAGAGGAAUCCGAUGAGUCCGACAAUUCUGGUUCUGGAGAGAGUGCAGAAUCGGGGGAAAGUGCAGAGUCUGGAGAGAGUGCAGAAUCUAGUGAAAGUGAGGAGUCUGGAGAGAGCGGCGAAUCUGGUGAAAGCGAAGAGUCUGAAGAGAGUGACGAAUCCGGUGAAAGUGAGGACUUCGCUGAAUCGGAUGAAAGCGGAGAGGCAGCGAUCUCAAAAAGAAACGAAAUACCACAGGAACAAAGUGGUGGGUACAUCGACGAUAAUUAAUCAUAUGUAAGGUUUCAUCAUGAGGAUCCUUUAGUACAAUGGCAUUUUAGGCUCAUUACGUUCAUACAUUUCUCAUCUUUGUUUGAGAUAUCUCUAUAGUCUGUCCAUGAAUUCCGAAAAAUAUUAAGGUUAGGGUUAGUUUUUUAGGGCUGGUUUGGAUCAAAUUGUCUCACUCUACAAGAACCGUUGAUACUGCGUACUAAUAGCCCUUCGUGUCACUGAAUAUUCCUCAAACUCGCAUGAAACAUUUGUUUUCGCAGUUGCAGUUAUUCCAGAUUACGAAGACGCGGAAGAUUUUGAAGAGUACGGAAAUUCUGAAGAAAGUGGAGAAAGCGGAGGGAGUGGGGAGAGUGGAGAAAGCGGAGAAAGUGGAGAGAGUGGAGAGAGUGGGGAAAGCGGGGAGAGUGGGGAGAGCGGGGAGAGUGGGGAGAGUGGAGAGAGUGGGGAGAGCGGGGAGAGUGGGAGAGCGAGGAGAGUGGGGAGAGUGGAGAGAGUGGAGAGAGUGGAGAAAGUGGUGAAUCAGCUGACGGAGGGAUUGCCAAACGAAGUGAUAUACCCAAAGACCAGCAAGGUAUGAGCAUAUUUCCUCAUUUAUUGACUAUUCUCUUACCACAAACUGAAAAUUGGAGCCUAUUUCUGUAUUAGAUAAACUACUUAUUCCAAACGUUUCAGCAGCAGGUUUGCGGGUAUGGCACUGUAGAUGUGGUUUUUACAAUUUUAAUCAGAAGUGUUAAAUAUCAGGCUGCCACAUUGUUAUUGCAGAAUCGAAGGAUUUAUCUGGAUCAGGAGAUUUACCUGAGUCUUCGGCUGAAUCCGUUAAGCGCGAAGAGUCCGGUGAGUCCGGUGAGUCUGGCGAGUCCGGUGAGUCCGGCGAGUCCGGCGAGUCCGGCGAGUCCGGCGAGUCCGGCGAGUCCGGCGAGUCCGGCGAGUCUGGCGAGUCCGGCGAGUCCAGCGAGGCCGAAUACAAGCGAAACUUCAUCCCGAGGGAUAGCGACGCCGAAGAUGGUGAUGAUGACGAAGAUUCAACUGUGGAAACUGAAAGCAAAGAACAAGAUUCCUCUGAGGGGGAACGAGAAGGGAGUGCUGAUCAGCAUGCCAACACAAGAGGGAAAGUCAUAACUGAAACCAUGGAUGACAUCGCUAAAGCCGCACUGGACAACAAAAUUGAGAGAAAGUCGGACAUCAUCCACAGUUUACCGCGAAACACCGAAGAAUUUCCGAUCAGUGAAAAAGAAAGCAAAUCGCAAGUAAGAGAAAAGAAGACUGGUGCUGCUCUUAAGAAUUUGUUCACUGCGCUGGCAGACGGUGAGGCGCAUGCGUCAGGGUCAGGAGAGGAGCUUGCUUUGAGAGAAAAAGCUCAAAGUACAAAUUUCGUUAAAAGAGUAAGCAUAUGCUACAGUUUGCGUUAUUUUAAGAUGAGUGUAUCUUCAAAUAUCUCUUUCACAGUCUUGAUGUGAAAACUAAUUAUAGAGCCUAAGUUAUGUAACAAUUACAUAUCAAAAACUAUAUCAUCUGCUGAAGAAAAUGAUAUAGAGCCAAUCCAACGCAAUGGCUAGAACAGAAAGAUCAUGUUGACUAAGAGACGACGUACCAGCAUGAAUUUCUUGGAAAUCAUUUUUAAGAGUAGCUAACGUGAGUUAUUGGUCAAAAAUAAGGGCAUUCCGGCUGUUCCACGAUUUGCGUAAUCUCUCUUAAAAGCACCGACACAUUCAAACUGUUUUAAACAAUGAAAUGAAGGCUGAUUUGUGUCAAUUUAGUAUAGGUGCUCACCAUAAGCCACAACCAGCCAUACUGGUCCAUUCAUCCAGAGAAGUUCGUUGUACCUUGGAAUUUUCUGGCCAUACGGUUCACUUCGUCGACUCUAUGAAUUCAUCUAAUUAUCAGAUAAUUGUAGGAAUCAAGCAAAACUCUCGUAAAAAAAAAUUAGUUUUUUUAUUGACUUGACGGCUGGCCAGUUCUUACAAAUGAUAAGCGCUCUGAGAUAUCUUUAGUGCUUUGCUAUUAGAAAACUUAUUGUAUCACUGCAUUAUUUCAAGGAGCCUUUGGAAACAAAUGGAAUGAAGAAUGCUUUGGACGAGAUCUGGACACAAGGUGAAAUUGGAAAUUCGAGAACUGAUAACUUAAGAGAAAAGGACAUUAUAGAGAAUAGAUAUUAGUACUCCAAGCAUGUUUUACCAUAAUAUGGGGAAUAAAAGUAAGACAAAUAAGCUGAGAAAAAAGAAUAUCGAUUCAAAAAGGUAACACUUCACAGUCCACAGUAAAGUAAACUAGCACUUGAAUUGGUCUAAUUCUGUCUCUGCUAUGAACGAUUACAAAAAAUGAUAAACUGACUUCUUCAAACUUUUUCAUUGAUCUUCAGAGGACAGUGCCCUCAAUGAUGCUGAAUCAGCUAAUAUUAAUUUAAAGGAGAAACAAGAAUUUACACAGGUAAGGAACUCAGGUAUUGAUGUAUUAAAGUAAGAGCGUCGAAAAUAGUUGAUGCUGUUUCUUUUCACCGUCAACGAACGCUUAUUGUGGAAAUAACCUACUUUUACUUCACUCUAUUUUCAAACUCAAAGCUCGCAGCCACUUUAAAGCGUUCACUGCCUUCAAAGGACUCUGAAAAAGCCACAGAAGUCGAUAAAGGUAAGCUUCUAGUCACAUGUUAUUUAUAUCGUGUGGUUCUAACUACAGAAGGGAAUUUUGCCUCUGGUAGCUAGUUGGGUUGGCGGUUCCUAUCAUCAUUAUCUCAUUGCACCACUCUAAUGCAAAGCAUCCUGUUAAGUGUAUGUUUUAAUUUUUAAGAGGUGAGUACAUCCGCCAUCGUCAUCACGUCGUACUUGUGAAUUCAAAAUUCACUCAGAAUCAUGUUGAUAUGAAGGACACCCAACGUUCGUCCAAUUCCACCAUCGGUUGAGCAGCAUCAAAUCUUACAUUUAUUUGUGGUGUAGAGCAUCGUCAUCCUCAUUAUGAGCAUAGCUAUAAAACGCAGAGUUUCCACCUAAUUAGGAAGUGCAAUAAUUUCUGAAAAUACUUUGACCUAACGAACAGUUUGUAGAGGGCAGAUAAUUUGGCGCAUGGUUCACAUACUCUUAAACUAUCUAUCUUUGCAGAUGUGGAGGCAUUGGAGGGCUAUGCUGACGCUCUUACAGAGGUUGGAGGUUUAACACCCGAACAUCACAAAGCAAUCGCCACUAAACUUGCUUUGGACCUCAUGGAGGACCUCAACAUUGAUGAAAAGGAACGAUCUGAUCUUUUGAAAAAAGAAACAGCCUUCAUCAAAGAUGCAGAGAUCGCAUAUGUUAAAAGUAAGAGAGAGCUGAGUGGGGGUGUGGGCAGAUACCCAGAACUUGGUAUUGCUUUAACUCCUUUGCGUGAUUUCCAGUCUCAGGUACUAAUUAGAUUCUGAUUUUCUUUUAAUGCUUCAUGUAAUUAGGUAGGAUCACCGAAGUCAAAAAAGAAAUGAUAAAGUUUGCCCAAGAGCACCCAGGUGACAAAGAAAGGAUUCGUGCAGAGGCAAUCAAAAGAUUGGAGGAUGUAGUUGAGAAACUUCCUCUCAGAAAGACAACCAUUGAAGCUCAAGAACACAAACUAAAGAGAUCCCCCAUGCUCCAGCAAAUUGUUGCUUCUACAAGCAAAAGAGAAUUGAGAGAAAGAAUCAGAAGAGCUUUAGCUGAUUUUAUUGCUGAGGACGUCGCAUGAACUCCGAGUAGGACAGAAGAGUGACUAAGGCCACGAAAAGCCUUCAAAUCGAGCCAUAAAUGAAGUCAUGUACACAUAGGGUUCAAGCUACAAAAGUGACAUUUAGUUUACUACGUUGGCAUGACAUACGUUUGUAUAAACAGAACUUAUACAAUAGGCUAGAUAUCUUUAGUUCCUUCAUAAUCACAAAUGUAUUCAUUCAACCAGCCAUUCCUUGACCAUUGCCUGAAAAAAAAAAUGUAAAAGUUGAUUUUGUUUGUUGAUUGAUUCCGUAACAUGCUAUGGGUUUCUCUUCCCAUGGAAUUGCAGCUUAAACUUUUUAAAUUAUAUUAAUUGUUUUAAGCAUUUUGAUUAAGGUCUGUUAAAGACCUCUACUGUCACAUAAAACCCGACGACUUUCUCAUACAGGGACUUUGGUAUGGUUGAUAAGGACAAUAGGCCAAGCAGGGCCCGAUGACGUCAUUGUACAAGUUUGCAAAGAAUGCAGGGAAUAAAAACUCGAACAUUUCAAGAUGUGGGGAGUUGUUUAUUUUAGUAAUUACUAGUAAAAGUUCAAGCCCUGCCUAGAUAAAUAAAACUGAAUUAACGACCAAGUAAUUGUAACCCGCUUAAUAGAUUUGUAGCUUUAUGGUCAGAUAAUUAAAAAUUGUAAAUUUGAUCUAUGGAUGUAAAUAAAUUUCUGAAAACAUGCAAUCAGGCGUCAAAAGUCAUAUUUGAAAUAUCAAUUUAUUUCCCAUACAUUUUAUAAACUAUUCUAGAUUUGCAU